AGGCAGUUUUAUAGGCUUCUUGCCACAUGAAAACACGUCUACAGACUAUUCCAGGGGGAAACGCGCUGCUUAAUUUCACUGUGGAUUUUGUCUCGCGCUCCGGCAAGGUGUUUUAUCAAGCAAGCUCCGGUGCCUACGGAGACGACUGACAUGUCGACGGAAAAACAAAGUAUACCCGAGGAGAAUCUGCAAGGCUCCUGGGUAGAGUUACACUUCAAUAAUGGGAAUGGUGAAAGCUCCAGGAGCGUGGCAGAGGAGCAGGCGGCCAGCGGAGAUAUGAUGGAGAAGAUGUUGCUGGAUGCCCAGCAUGAGUCCGGCCGCAGUAGCUCCAGAGGAAGCCUGCCGUGUGACAGUCCUCCAAGAUCCCAGACUCCUUUGCAUCUACGUCGAGGCUCAGAGGUGCACAGCUCAGGAGAGAAGAACAGUUCACAGUCUGAUGAGGACUACCUGGAGAGAAGACGAGAAGUGGAGAACCUGAUGAAGAAAAAUGCAGACUGGAUCUGGGACUGGUCGAGUAGACCUGAAAACAUGCCACCCAAGGAACUGUUGCUGAAGCAUCCAAAGCGCACUAGCACUCUAAGCAUGAGGAACACUAGCGUGAUGAAGAAAGGAGGAAUCUUCUCGGCAGAAUUCCUUAAAGUCUUCCUGCCCUCUCUGCUCGUCUCCCACGUUUUGGCAGUGGGUCUCGGGGUGUACAUCGGAAGACGUCUGACUACCUCCACCGGAACCUUCUGAGGAGAAUGUAAGGAACACGUCCAUCCCCAAGCCAUUAACACUGCUUGGCUCCAGUCCUGUCAAUGCUUUAGUAGAUGCAGAUAGUCCAGGUCAUGUGACCUACUCCCUCUUUUUGGCAGUGCACCGCGCUGCUUGUGUCCCCAUGGUGAAUCCUUCCUAGCAUAUUUUCCUGUAGUUCCCAGAGCCUGUGCCGCUUUUAAAAUCCAUGUCUGCAUGAAAUGGCGGUUCUUCUCAUCUUUCAGUUACAACAGGGGUGGCCAUUUUAGCCUGGCAUUCACUGCUAUAAUGGAUAGUAUUAUCUGUGCUCCAGUUGCAUCUUUUGACGUUAUUAUACAACACACACAGAGUGAUUGGAGUAAAGAGAUGGAAAUGCACGGACGCACACAAAAAGGGAGACUUCUCCUCAUGUUAAAAAGGGAAGAACGUAUGUUGAAUGAGAAAAGAUGACGUUAAACCAAGAUCAGUUUGUCAGGUUAUAUGGAACUUUGGUUAAAUUGGUCAGUUUGAUCAAAUUGGUUUUGCCUGGUCAUGGAAGUUCACUUACUGAUUAAGAGACCUUGCUGUUAUGUGGGAAAUUUGAAGGGAUCACAUCCUGCAUGUUUUAAAUCAUUAAUCCUGUACACUGCUGCUAUACAAUGAGCAUUGUUCAUAUGUAGAGCCAGUUCAUUUGCUGAACACUUGUGAUUUUCAGAUACUUUUUUUGUUGCUGUUGAGACACUCAGGUUGAUGUAGUCAUAGAUUUCAAAGUCACAGGACUCAUUAGAAUAUAUUGUAUGAAUAUUGUCUUGACUUUAAAAUUGAGAGUAGGACAUUUCACACACAAAGUCUUCACGCACAAAUCAUAAGGCAUCACACUGUAGACAGCUGUUAGCAACACUGUGUGUUAUUUAUGAAUAGCAGUCAGGGCUUUGGUUUUAAAUACAAACAACUUGUUCAGCUUUUCUUCAGUUAUUUGAGAAGACUUAAAAACAGAUAACUGUACACUCAAUUUGACCAGACAAACAUUUUGUAAAAGUCAGUCAAAUUGUGGGAAAGAAUCAAAAUUAAUUUCUUCAGGUUUUGAGUUUGUUUGUUUGUUUGUUGUUUUUUGGCCUCACUUUGAAUCAGCUCUGGAAUGCCUUUAGGGCGAGAGGUGUUCAUGUUUGGGACUGCAGUGGAGAGGUUGCCUUAGUCUGUACAAAGACUGAACUGGAGCUUGUGUGAAAAAGCUUCUUUUGUUGCUGCUGUAGAAAUAUUCUUUAUAUGUGAUAAUUGCACAGUGGUUUUUCUAUUAACAAUGGGAAAAUGAUAUAAAUAAAUGUUCUGUCAAGUGGA